AUGGGUCGAGUGUGUGGACCUGGUGGGGAGGUGGGGGGAGAGAGGGGAGGAGGAUCACAUUGAUAGAUCAUUUCCAAGUAACAGAGCUCUCAUCUUCGUUGGCCACACAAACUGAGAACAUUCCGCUCUCUUCGUGGUCAACGGACUUCAGGCAUCAAUGGCGGACAGUCCAGUUCCAGCACCGGACAAGGCCUUCACUCUCCAGGUGCUCUCAACAGGUGGACUCAGGCUGAGAUGUAACUCACAAGGCGAUCGACAGCUCUCCUGUCUGAGAGAUGAUGAUCAAGAGAGAAGGUUCCUCAGUUAACUCAACUGUAUCUGCUUCUUGCUCUUGGGCCGAACCCUGGUGAACGAGUGAAGCUGAGGUGAAGUGCCAAGCAGUUUCUAGGGGGUGACAGUGUCUCUCCGACCUGACACAGUCUUAUGUUUGUGACUUGUGGUGCUGUUUAUGCAGAAUCAAUCUUCUGUUCUACCUCACUGAGUCGAAUCUGCUAACAGCCGUUUCAAGUGAUUUUCUCUGGAGGGGAAAGCGAGGAGAGACGGUGCAGGUGCGACCUCUGGUGGAGAACUGCUGGUAUUGUCUGAUCAAUAUCUGUCCAGUCAUCUCUGGACGAGCUCGAGGAGGGGUGCAGUUAUGUUCAUCACUGCCGCUCCUCCACUCAUUUCUUUCACUCCUUUCUCCCCCACACUAGACUCUUCCGCUCGACUGUUCCCCUAACUGUCACUUAUUUCUCCUCCUUCACUCCUCUCCCUUUCCUCUCUAGCCUCUCCUCCUUUACUCUUCUUUCUCUUCCUUCACUCGACUGUUCUCCCUCCCCUCACUCGUUUCUCCUCCUUCACUCCUUUCCCUUUCCUCUCUCUAGCCUCUCCUCCUUUACUCUUCUUUCCCUUCCUUCACUCGACUGUUCGCCCUACCGUCACUCAUUUCUCCUCCUUCACUCCUCUCCCUUUCCUCUCUAGCCUCUCCUCCUUUACUCUUCUUUCUCUUCCUUCACUCGACUGUUCCCCCUACCGUCACUCAUUUCUCCUCCUUCAUUCUUCUCCCUUUCCUCUCUAGCCUCUCCUCCUUUACUCUUCUUUCUCUUCCUUCACUCAACUGUUCUCCCUCCCCUCACUCGUUUCUCCUCCUUCACUCCUCUCCCUUUCCUCUCUCUUGCCUCUUCUCCUUUAUCCUCUCCCUCUUCACUUGUCCAUCCCUUCCUUCACUGGUCUCUGUUCCUCUCACCUAACUCAACCCUCCUAGUUCCCUCCGCCCUCCGGCUCUUUCUGAAAUUCACUUAGACCUAAUUGUGGCGGGCAGGCGGUGCUGCUGUCACGCUGCUCUGUCAUGUGAUGACACCGUGGUCUUGUGAAUGGGGCUUGUGUGGAAGCCCGAGCUGCUUCUGAGCACUUUAACCUGUUGCUGCCCGCUGCCUGCUGACCACGCCUGCUGCCUCCGUCAUGAAGUCUAGUCUGGCGUAGACACGGAGUCUGCCCUCAUUCCCGUUUGGACUUCACACCGAUUUCUUAAUGGCUGAAGAGCUUUUGCUUCCGUCCUCAGGGAAAAUCACCUCGCAACUGACUGGCUCUCUGCUGGCUGUCGCCUUCCUCUCCUCCUUCGGGAGCUCCAUGCUGUAUGGCUACAACCUGGCUGUGGUCAACUCCCCUGCUGUGUACAUCAAGGACUUUUACAACAAGACGGUGUUGAGUCGAAAUGGAACUGGACUCAGCGGAGAGACGCUCACCCUCAUGUACUCGCUCACCGUGUCAGUGUUCGCCAUUGGGGGUCUGCUGGGCUCCGUCAUCGUCGGGAUGCUGGUCACCCGCUUCGGCAGGAAGGGCACGGUGGUGAAAACAACCGUACUGGUCUUCGUGGCUGGCUCUCUGAUGGGGUUCAGCCGGCUCUGCGGCUCACCUGAGAUGGUGAUCAUCGGGCGCUUCAUCACAGGGAUCCACUCAGGAAUCUCUCUGAGUGUGGUCCCAAUGUAUCUGGGCGAGAUCGCUCCAAAGAACCUCCGGGGCUUCCUGGGUCUGGUCCCCAGCAUCUUCAUCGGAACAGGUGUUUUUACUGCCCAAGUUCUCGGCCUGCACGAACUCCUGGGAAAGGAGGAGCAUUGGCCACUGUUUCUGUCCAUCAUCGUGGUCCCCACCUUCAUCCAGCUGCUGCUGCUGCCAUGGUUCCCUGAGAGUCCCAGAUACCUGCUGAUAGAGAAGCACAACAUCCACGCCACCAUCACAGCUCUGAAGUGGUACAGGGCCAAGUGCAACAUCCAGGCCGAGAUCGAGGAGAUGCAGGAGGAGCAGCGCUCGCUAUCAUCGGUGGAAACCGUGUCCAUGUGGAAGCUGCUGGCUGACGACUCUGUCCGCUGGCAGGUCCUCAGCGUGGUGGUCAUCAACAUUGGCAUGCAGCUGUCGGGGAUUGAUGCUAUCUGGUUCUACACCAAUGACAUCUUUGAGAAUGCUGGAAUCCCGGCACCCGAGAUCCCGUACACCACAGCCGGCACAGGGGUCAUCGAGAUCAUUGCUGGACUCAUCGGGUGCUUCACCAUAGAGAAGUUGGGAAGGAGACCCCUCAUGAUCGGGGGGUUCACCAUGAUGGGGGUCUGCAGUGCUGGAAUCACACUGGCUCUCCUCUUACAGACACAUCUGUCUUUCAUGCGCUACAUCAGUGUGGGCUGCGUGGUUGGGAUCAUCGCUGGCUUCUGUAUCGGUCCAGCUGGAGUUCCUUUCCUGAUCACGGCGGAGCUCUUCAAGCAGUCGCACCGGCCGGCGGCCUACAUCGUAGGAGGCUCUCUCAACUGGAUGUCCAACUUCACUGUGGGCUUCGUCUUCCCCUUCUUACAGAUGUCAGCCGGCUCCUACUGCUACUUGGUGUUUGCCAGCAUUUGUAUCUCAGUGGCCGUCUAUGUCUACGUGGUCAUCCCUGAGACCAAAAACAAGACCUUUGUGGAGAUCAGCCUCAUGUUCUCCAAGAAGGACGCGGUUCUGGAGACGCAGGGUCUCACCCACCUGGACCAGCUGAGGCUGAAGAAGAUGAAUGGCUACGGAGGCCUGGAGCAUGCGUCUCUUGAGUUCGACAGCUCGUCUUCUGCGGCCUGAUCCUGAAAGCUGGAAGCUCCUCAGACCUUUCAAAUGCUGCUGACUCAACUGGAGCUUGAGUCACUCUGAAGAAGUGGCCUGUUGUCCCCUGAAUUGUUGGUUGCUUCUCCCGCUUCAUGCAGACGUUCUUGUUGCUUUGUUUGCUGUUGGCUUCUCUUUGUUUCGCAGCAUGAACAGCUCUGAUCUUCAGAACUGGAUGUCCUCCUCCCUCUUUUAUGCUUCAGCUGGAGGAGUCCACCUGGACUCCCUCAUCCACACCACGGUGCUGUUCACCAGCAGGUGUCCUGACACUGUUGGAGGCUUCCUUAUGAAACCUUAGAGUCAGACACACACUUGCGAUUUAACAAAAACUCCCUCGGUCCUUCAUAAUCUGAGCGAACAUCCAAACACUUGCAGAAGUUGCUCCUCAGUUCAGACUUCUGAUGGGGCAGUUGGCUGAGCUGACUGCAGAGAUGAUGAGUUCACCAUCGUGGUGUCGUGUUGACCAUCUUCCUCUGGAUCAGGAAUCUGAAACCCUCUGAGACCUUCGUCCCUCUGGUGUCUCCAGGCGUGACGUGAAACCACUGUCGUCUGCUGGGCUUCUCUCUCCCCACCAAACUGUUGUGGCCCUCACAGGGUCAGGAGGACCCGCCACAGAUCCACUCUCAAUGUGUUCACGUGCCUCACUUUCACGUCUUCUUCCUCGCUCGAGCUCAAUGAUGUCUUGCUGAUGUGUUUUAUGUUGCCACCGUGUCGAUAAUGGUGCUAUAUCUAAAGUGUGUGAGAUGUUUGUGGGAGCCAGUGUGAUCUCAGGCUGCUUGGUUGGAGUGUGUGAGAUGAAACUUUGAA